AAACCGGAAGUCGUCAUGAGUGGGCGGAGCUGACGCCAUCAGCACCAGCAGCAUUUUCUUCCAGAAGUUUCUCAGCAUGGUUAUACAGCUCAGCGAUUAAUUUGACCCACAUUUCGAUGUCAUGUGCUCGCAUCGUUGUGGUGCUUAUAAGAGAAGACUAUCUACACGAGGCCAUCAUCAGAUUGUCGAAGAAAAGCUUUGUUGACAGGAGUCGUCCCGUGGUCUGCUGCAAUGGCCGGAGCAGCGCUGACAGCUGCGGCGGAGCGGGUCUGAGCUGUGAGGACAUGCUGCUGGAUGAGCUGCACAUACACCAUUUGUGCAACUCUUUAUCUUACGUUGGACUUUAUAUAUGAGGUGAUAUAACGUUAGCGACAUAACGUGCUUGUUGUGAUGGGUAAAGAUUACUACAAAGUGUUGGGCAUAGCCAAAGGCGCUACCGAAGAUGAGAUCAAAAAGGCGUACAGAAAACAGGCUUUACGCUUCCACCCGGACAAAAACAAGUCACCGGGAGCAGAGGACAAAUUUAAAGAGAUUGCUGAAGCUUACGACGUCCUGAGUGAUGCGAAGAAAAAGGAGAUCUAUGACCGAUAUGGAGAAGAAGGGCUCAAGGGUAAUGCUGGCACUGGAGGUGGUGCCCACAGUGGUCCAAGCUUCAAUUAUACCUUCCACGGGGAUCCUCAUGCAAUGUUUGCGGAGUUCUUCGGUGGUCACAGCCCAUUUGAUCAAUUCUUUGCGCAAAAUGGGGAGGAAGAUAUGGAUAUUCACGACCCCUUUUCGGCUUUCGGAAUGGGAGGCAUGGGUGGUUUUCAUAGAUCAUUCAAAGCUCAUCCUGGAAGUCAUCGCAGAGCACAGGAGAAAAAGAAGGACCCUCCAGUUGUGCACGAGCUGAAUGUAAGCCUAGAGGAGGUCUACUCGGGCUGCACCAAAAAAAUGAAAAUUUCAAGGAAAAGACUGAACUCUGAUGGCUGCACUAUGCGAAAUGAAGAUAAGAUUUUGACAGUAGACAUUAAACGGGGCUGGAAAGAAGGGACAAAAAUCACUUUUCCAAAAGAGGGAGAUGAAACCCCCACUAACAUUCCUGCAGAUAUUGUGUUUGUGGUCAAAGAUAGGCCCCAUCCAGUGUUCACAAGAGAUGGCUCUGAUAUUAUAUACCCUGCUAAAAUAUCCCUAAGAGAAGCCUUGUGUGGCUGUACAGUCAAUGCUCCAACACUUGAUGGCCGGACCAUCACAGUCACCUCCAGAGAUGUGGUCAAACCUGGCACCAAGAAGCGCAUUAUGGGAGAGGGUCUUCCACUCUCAAAGUCCCCAGACAAAAGGGGAGACAUGAUUUUGGAUUUUUCAGUGAAAUUUCCAGACAAACUGGGCCAAAGCACUCGUGAUGCACUCAGGCAGAUUCUUCCACCGUGACUUCAGUCCCAGACACUGAUGCACAGACACAUUUCCAUGUUUCUUUUGCCUGAACUUGAGGCUUGAGUGGGUAAAAGCUGUGCAUCCAUGCUGUUGAAAGGUCCCCAUUCUUGGGUUGGUUAAAAGACUUUAGAUGUUAGAUUAACCGCCAAUGUUUAACAGUAUUAACAUCUACCUCAAAAUGAUUCCUGAAAUAUCGUGCAAGUUAGCUAUAAGUAGGCUAUGGUUUGGGUGCAGAAAAACAAAGUCUGCAAAAAGCCUUGACUGAACUGAAGCAGAAUCAAGUUUCACCAAGUAACCAAGGAUUUGAUUUCACAGCAAUCUAGGAUUUUUCACAGCAAGAGCUGCCAGCACAUGUGCACAGUACCUCAGGUGAAGGGCUUCUAUCUAGCUCUGUCUUCAUCACAGGGCACAGCUGUGCAGUUUUCCAACCAGAUCAGUGGGACUUGGUCCAAACUAAUCUGACUCCAAUAUUCACCUGCACUACAGGUCUGUGACAGAUGCCAUCUGUUGGUUGGCUUUAGUUUUGCAGCUGAUAUUUUAAAAGUUUCUGUGGAACAACUCAAAAAUGGACACAAAAAAGUAUGACUUUUUAACAUGAACUGGACAAUUAUGCACCUUUCUGUACGUCUUAAAAUUCCACAAUUUUUUUUUUAUUUUUUUUUUUAAACCUAAUUAUUUUAGUGAUACUAUAAAUAGGAAAAAAAUUGUGCCAAAUUUCCACCACUCAUUGUGUAUCUUGUCUAAUAGUAUUGGAAGCAUGUAAUUGGUUUUUAGUAGAUAACCUAUAAAAUCUUAACUUAAACACUUAAUAUUAUUUUGAGGGUGUAAAAGCGUAUAUGGGAAUGUUAUAACUGGAAAAGUAUAACAUGUGAACAGUAUCCAGUCAUUUAAUGACUGUUUUUUCUUUGUUCAUUUGAACAUUACAAGCACACAACCUGUUUUGAUUGUUGCUCCUAUAGGAGUGCAAUUUACAACAUGCUGUGAAACUACAACAUAAAUGUAAUGUUUCACCUUUUUGUUUUUAAAAAGGUAUUUAAACUAUUUCCUGAUUAAAAGGAAAAAAGGUGUAAGCCUUAUUUCAUUUCACAUGCUUAUGUUUCAUUUCUGAACAUUUCUCAGGUCUAAAUUUGGAUUUGAAUUAGGUGGGGUACAAAUUUGUAGUAAUGUUUGUUUCUUAUGCUGUGUGUCUGUUUAUGUGUCCAUAUUAAACAUGCAACCACA